GAAUGCACAGAGAGAGAAGAGACCGAGAGUGCAUGUGCAUGUGUGUGUUUGUGUCUUACUCAUACAUUACGUAGGAGAAACGUGAAGCUGAUGAGUAACUCAGCUGGUGAGCAGACUUGUCAGAUAUGUACUGAAAACGUUGGAAGAGCUGAGAAUGGAUAUCCUUUUGUGGCGUGUGAUGUCUGCUCGUUCUCAGUUUGUAGACCUUGCUACGAGUAUGAAAGGAGAUAUGGAAACCAGUCUUGUCCUCAGUGCAAGAACAGAUACAAGAGACACAAGGGUAGUCCUGCCAUUCCUGGAGAUAAAGACGAGGAUUGCUUUGCUGAUGACAGUGCUAGUGAGUUUAGUUAUACAGAAAACUCACAGAAGGAAAAAAAUUCAGAGGGGAUGCUUCGAUGGAAUCUUACACGUGGGAAAGGGAAAGAGGUUGACCACUCUGAUUCUGACAAAGAGGUUUCUCCAAAUCCUAUUCCUCGUCUCAUUAGAAAAUUAGAGGUUUCUAGAGAGUCGUCUGCUGCUUCACUUGAAGGCCAAUCUGUAUCUUCUACUACAACCGGUGGAAAAGCAGCUUUACCCCCACAUGAAUACUUACUUAAAGCUACAAGCAGAAGGACUGUGGAUCCUGUUAAAGAUCUUGGUUCAACCGGAUUACGCAAUGCAGCCUGGAGGGAGAGGGUUGAAGGGUGGAAAAUGAAGCAGGAGAACAGAUUCAGUCCUGUGAGAUCUCAAUCUGCUUCUGAAAGGGGUGUAUAUGAUUUUGAUGCCACCACUAAUGUCUCCGUUGAUGAGGCUUUGCUGAAUGAUGAAGCCGCGAGGCAGCCUCUUUCAAGGAAAGUAUCGAUUCGAUCAUCACAGAUAAACCCUUACAGAUUGGUUAUAACACUGAGGCUCAUAAUCCUAUGUCUCUUCUUACAUUACCGUGUCACGAAUCCAGUGCCAAAUGCAUUUGGUCUAUGGUUAGUAUCAGUGGUUUGUGAGAUAUGGUUUGCUAUAUCAUGGAUUCUUGAUCAGUUCCCCAAGUGGUUCCCUGUUAACCGAGAAACAUACCUUGAUAGACUCUCUCUGAGGUACGAUCGUGCAGGUGAACCAUCACAGUUAGCAGCUGUGGACAUUUUUGUGAGUACUGUUGACCCUUUAAAGGAGCCACCUCUGGUGACAGCCAAUACAGUACUCUCUAUCAUGGCAGUAGAUUACCCGGUGGAUAAAGUGUCUUGUUAUGUUUCUGACGAUGGUGCUGCUAUGUUAUCAUUUGAGUCCCUAGCAGAGACAUCAGAGUUUGCUAGAAAGUGGGUACCUUUCUGCAAGAAGUAUAGCAUUGAGCCUCGAGCACCAGAAUGGUACUUUGCUUUGAAAGUUGAUUACUUGAAAGAUAAAGUUCAUCCAUCAUUUGUCAAGGAUCGCAGAGCUAUGAAGAGGGAGUAUGAGAGAUUCAAGAUCAGAAUAAAUGCACUUGUUUCCAAGGCUCAGAAAGUCCCUGGAGAAGGUUGGGUCAUGCAAGAUGGUACGCCAUGGCCUGGAAACAACACAAGGGACCAUCCAGGAAUGAUCCAGGUUUUCUUAGGACAAAAUGGUGGACUUGAUGCAGAGGGCAACGAGCUUCCACGUUUGGUCUAUGUUUCUAGAGAGAAGAGACCAGGUUUCCUGCACCACAAAAAGGCUGGUGCUAUGAAUGCACUUGUUAGAGUUUCAGCAGUCCUUACUAAUGGACCUUUCCUAUUGAAUCUUGAUUGUGAUCAUUACAUAAAUAACAGCAAGGCCUUGAGAGAAGCUAUGUGUUUCCUAAUGGACCCUGAACUUGGGAAGCAAGUUUGUUAUGUCCAGUUCCCUCAGAGAUUUGAUGGUAUUGACAAGAAUGAUAGAUAUGCUAACCGGAACACCGUCUUUUUCGAUAUAAAUUUGAGAGGCUUAGAUGGGAUUCAAGGACCUGUAUACGUUGGAACUGGCUGUGUUUUCAACAGAACUGCAUUAUAUGGUUAUGAACCUCCAGUUAAACCAAAACACAAGAGAGCAAGUGUGUUAUCUAGACUUUGUGUAGUAUCUAGAAAGAAGGAUUCUAAAUCUAGAAAGGGUUCUAGCAAGCACUCUGACUCAACUGUUCCUGUAUUCAACCUUGGUGAUAUAGAAGAGGGUGUUGAAGCUCCUGGUUUAGAUGAUGACAAGACCCUCCUGAUGUCCCAAAUGCGUCUGGAGAAACGUUUUGGACAAUCAGAUAUUUUUGUUGCUUCAACACUAAUGGAAAAUGGAGGUGUUCCUCUCUAUGCUACUCCAGAAAACCUUCUCAAAGAAGCUAUCCAUGUCAUUAGCUGUGGAUAUGAGGACACAACAGAGUGGGGAACUGAGAUUGGUUGGAUCUAUGGUUCUGUAACAGAAGAUAUCCUCACCGGGUUCAAAAUGCAUGCACGUGGCUGGAGGUCGAUUUACUGUAUGCCUAAACUACCUGCAUUCAAAGGAUCUGCUCCUAUUAAUCUCUCUGAUAGAUUGAACCAAGUGCUUAGGUGGGCUUUAGGUUCAAUAGAGAUUCUCUUUAGUCGUCAUUGUCCAAUAUGGUAUGGUUAUGGAGGGAGACUGAAGUUUCUAGAGAGGUUUGCAUAUGUCAACACCACGAUCUACCCAAUCACAUCCAUUCCUCUACUCAUGUAUUGCACAUUACCUGCCGUUUGUCUCUUCACCAACCAAUUCAUUAUUCCUGAGAUAAGUAACUUGGCGAGCAUAUGGUUUCUUUCUCUCUUCCUUUCGAUUUUCGCCACGGGUGUGCUUGAAAUGAGAUGGAGUGGUGUGGGUAUAGACGAGUGGUGGAGAAACGAGCAGUUUUGGGUCAUUGGCGGUGUUUCAGCUCACUUGUUUGCACUCGUCCAAGGACUUCUCAAAGUGCUCGUCGGUAUAGACACCAACUUCACAGUCACAUCAAAAGCCUCGGACGAAAACGGCGACUCGGCCGAGCUUUACUUGAUCAAAUGGACGACGCUUUUGAUCCCGCCGACGACUCUGCUGAUUAUAAACCUUGUGGGAGUGGUUGCGGGUAUCUCUUACGCGCUCAACAGUGGGUAUCAGACUUGGGGACCUCUUUUUGGUAAGCUCUUCUUUGCGUUUUGGGUGAUUGUUCACUUGUACCCGUUCCUCAAGGGUUUGAUGGGGAGACAGAACCGGACACCGACUGUUAUUGUGGUAUGGUCGGUGCUUCUUUCUUCCAUCUUCUCCUUGUUGUGGAUUCGGGUCGAUCCGUUUACCUCUAGGUUUAUUGGACCGGACGUGAAGGAAUGUGGAUACAACUGUUGAGAGGAGCCGUCUUGAGCCCCCACACACAUAUCGAAUGUUAAUCUUGUCAUUCUCUUUCGUGUGUAGCUUUUUUUUUCUUUUGUCAAUAACAGUGCAGUACGAACAUGAUUGUAAACAAACAAAAAUUUAGCGUGAAGCAAACGUUGUCCAUA